GUGAAUUCCGAAUUCGUCUCGAGGAGGAGGGCGAUCAAACCCUAGAAGAUCCGAUUCGUCGCCACCGAAUCACCGAUAGCUCUCAAAUCCAUGGCGUCGCGCAGGCGUAUGCUUCUGAAGGUCAUCAUCCUCGGGGACAGCGGGGUCGGGAAGACGUCUUUGAUGAACCAAUAUGUCAAUAAGAAGUUUAGUAAUCAGUAUAAAGCAACGAUUGGGGCGGAUUUCUUAACGAAGGAGAUUCAAUUCGAGGACAGGCUCUUCACAUUACAGGUGGGUUUUUCCUUUUCUCCGUCAGGGCUGAUUGAUUUCCUUAUAUUGUUUCAGUUUUCUUUGGCCGCAUGGGCUGUUUUUUCAUGUUUAGGGUAGGUUUUGCUAUGAUAU